UAAUUCUGGUUCCGAUUUUCCCCCUUCCGCGAUCUUGCUCCCCCGCUUCCCGAUCUCCUCUCUUGUUCCGCGCGUGGAUUGGAUCUUGGGUUCUCUCGAUCCGUUUUGGGCGAAGCGAUCUGAGGAUUUCCCUCGGAAUUGGUCUUUUUCCCGUGUUUUUUGGGUGGAUCUAAGAGUGGUUGAAGAGUUUGAACAGCAUGCGGUGGCUGAGCCUCUCCGUCGAUGUUCUCCGGAAAGUUAUUUCCUUGAACUUGUAUUGUAGGGUUAUUCUGUAACUCUGCUUCCGUUUCCCCUGCUCGCCUCUUUUUACUGCUUUCCUUCCUUUCUCUUGGUACGCGGCAUCGAAGCCAUAUUCCCUUCUAACUCAUCGAAACCUCGAAAAGAGAAAGACGAGAACAAGGGGACUUCUUCUUCUUCUGGUCUACUAGACUCGUCUAAGCUGCCUUCUGUGAAGAGUUACUGGGUUCUCUUCUCUUCCCAUUUCUUGUGGUUUCUUUCCAUUUUCCGGUGGAAAGGAGAGUAGUAAUGGUGUGCCAAGCAGCGACGCAGUCGAGAUUCCGAGCAUUGAAACAUGAGAAUGGGAUCGCCGGUAGCGCCACCAUAAUCGUUAGGAUCAUAGCUUGCUUCCAGCCAUUACAGGAUUGCCAGGCCCAGUACUUCCGCCACCUCCUCAAGCCCGUUACGUAGAUUAGCUUCCUCUCUUCCGCUUCAUCAAAUAAAGCUGGAAAUUUUGCAGUUUCCGGAAGGGAUUCUUGUGGAUAAGACAUUCAGUCUUAGCUGAUUUCUGCCUGUGGUGUUUUAGGUGAUUUCUUUGUUCGUUUUUGUUGAUGGGGAAGGACUUUGAUCCUUGGAUCCACUUGCUGCACUCACCAUGGCGGUUUGGUAGCUCGAACUGUGCGAGUACUCUCCGGCAACCGGGUGCGAACACCAAUUCCACGGUGUUUCCAACUUUCUUCAAUCCUUAUGGGUGUGCCUUCUCCGGCAAUGCUGCCACCCCCUUCCCUGGGUUUCAAGAGCACAAAUCCCUUGCGAGGACAACAGCAUUGACCCCGCCUUCGAUCCAUGCUUAUGGACUGCCGGAAUUCCCUAAUCCUCGGAAGAGAUUCCUGGUUUUCGAUCACUCGGGGGAUCAAACGAGGUUAAUCUUCAGCCCAUCGGGCACCCUGUUUAUGAGUCCGGGUCCCCUGAAUCCAGGACUGGACCUGCAGGGGAGCAAAGAAACCAGUGUUUCCGAUGGGCACGGCGGCGAGGAGAUGCACGAAGACACUGAAGAAAUCGAUGCACUUCUGUACUCGGACUCCGACGAUGACCGCGAGGAAGAAGAAGCCAGCACGGGGCACUCCCCGGUUGAGAUGACGGGCGGGAGCGCCGAGGAGGUUGCUAGCUCUACCGUCCCAGCUGCCAAGAGAAGAAGAGUUGAUGCAGAACUUGACGCAUCCCUCGCGGACACGGCAAGCUCCGUGGUAGCGGUAGCGGACCAAUACCAUGAAUUGCACGCAGACUGUAGGACCAAAGAUAGCAGCGAUGAUGCCGAGUCGAGCUGCGUGAGGGGUGGCGAGAAAAGGGGAGUGGCAGAAGAAGAGCUGGAAAAACGCCAUGACUCGAACCAUGGAAACAAACGGCUGAAGAGGGCGAGGAUACAAGAGACCGUCGGCGUGCUGCGAAGAAUUAUUCCGGGCGGAAAGGGCAAAGACGUGGCUACCAUCCUCGACGAAGCCAUUCGCUACCUCAUGUCCCUCGAGCUGAAAACCAAGGCUCUGGGUGCUACUCCACUGUAGCAACACCAUCAGCAGCAGCCCCACCAUUAUCAGUGCCCCUCUCUCUCUCUCUCUCUCUCUCUCUCUCUCUCUAUAUAUAUAUAUAUAUAUAUAUAUAUAUAUAUAUAUAUAUAUAUAUGUGCAUAUGUGUGUGUGUGUAUGUAUGUAUGUGGUUGUUUUAGUGUGUGUUAUUGGCAGCAGUAGAAACAGUAUAAUGGACCUUUUUCUCUCCCCAUGUAUGAUGAGUGAGAGAAAGACAGAAGCCAACGGGCUCUCUCCACACGUCUCCAACGAUUGAAGGUGGGAAUCAGCACUCCAGAGCACUUCUUGGCUGGGUUGCGAGUCCUCUCUCUCUCUGCGUGUGUCCUCGGCUUUUGAUGGUGGGGGAGAAGGGAGGAUGAUGGGGCAAUAAAGCAGUCCUACAGUGUCUUUGUGUGCCCGUGCGUGUGCUGGGCCUAUGGGUGACGAAGGGAGAGAGUGAGAGCAGUUUCUUUUGACCGAAAGGGCAUGAUGGGGGGGGGCUUCAGGCAGUGCGCGUGUGACGGUGGAUUCCGGAAGGGCGUGCGCGGGGGCCGCAGCCUAGCUUCGAUGCCCUGUUGGGCUUGUGAUCUAGCUUUAGCGGAAGGUGGGUUGGUGGUGGUCUCUAGUAGGGGAGUCGAGUGGUGAUCUCUCUGUUUCUCUUUUGACGUGGAGACUCUAUGAUUUGCCUUUGUUGGGGGGGCGUUUUAGAUGAAGAAAAGUUGCGUGCAUGGAUGCAAGGGUGGCCUAGAUGGUGAUCCAACUGGCAUGUUUUUUUUUUUUUGAGCUAAUGCGAGGUGGCAUGAUUGGACCCUGUCGGAAGGCCUGAUUGGUAUUUGUGGAGUGAAUGGCCGAGGGCUGGAACUGGGAAAAGUGGGUGCCCAUGCAUUGUCGUUGAUAUAUAUGGUUUAAGGACUAUUAUUGGCUGAGUGCCACUUUGGCUUCCACGGUUGCAUCUGCGUGAUCGAUGUUUGUCGAUCUAUCUGCGUCCACUGUCAUUUGUCAUGUCUUAAUCAUUUGUCCCCUCUGUAGUGUUGACCUUGAGUGGUUCAGCUGUUUGAUCGAUGUUACUGGUUUGCACUACCAAUUUGAUCAAUUGAUACUGCUUCAAGUCUGAAUGAUGAUUUUGUUUUAAUAUCGCUUUCGAUUCAUAAGAAA